UCUAGUGCCCUACGUAGUACACAGAGCGCAUUUUGGGGCUGAGCCGCUGUGCCUGGUAUUCUGACGGCGGUGUAGAAGCAGAGCGAGUUUUAUUAAUUCUGUGAACAUGGACGGCCGCGGAUACGGAUCAGGUGGGUUCUCCGGGUGGGGUGGUGGUGGUGGAGGAGGAUCCUCCAGCAGAGGAUCUGGCGGAUACGACCUGUACGGUUAUAAGGACUCCAUGUCCGGAGGAUACGGCGGAGGACAGAUGAAAAGGGGUCUUUCCGGUUCCCUGCUGUCCUCCAGCGGGGGCAACGCAGACGACGUGAUCGCUAAGAUCAACCAGCGGCUCGACAUGCUAACACAGCUCGAGGGAGGCAUGAAAGGAGGGGGGAGAAACGACAGGUUUGACCAGUACGAGUCUUUCGACUCUCGCUCCUCUGCCCUUGGUCCCCGCGAUCUCUACAGAUCUGGUAACCUUGUAUUUGGUGACUCCCGGGGCGACAUGAUGGCCCAGCGUGGAGGCAUGGGCUUUGGGGCGAUGGGCGGAGCUGGAGGUGGUGGUGGUGGCUUUGGCAGCUCCGCCUCCCACGGAAACGCCAAAAUGCGGCAUGCUCGAGAUGCUUUCUCAGGCUCCGGCUGGGGUGCGGGACAGAGGUCCCAGCACAGGGGCGGAGGCCCAGGCGGGCGCGGCUUUGGCCGCAGGCAGGAUUCCUCUAUGAUGGGUGGAGGUGGGGGGCAAGGCCACUCCCCGUCAGGGCGAGGCAAGCUGCCGUCGCUCCUGAGCCACCGCAUGUACCCCGAAAGUGGGGGGUUCCAGCCUCAUCAUGCCUCCCAGGACUAUCCUGUCCGGCACUUUGGAGGGGGCAAAAACUUCAACCGACAACGCACCCGCAAGAGACCCCUCAACCGACAGCCUGUAAAACCUCAGCGCGACGGCCAGAAGAAGAGGAAGCAGACCCCAACUACAGCCGACGAGCCAGAGUCUAAAAUGGGCAAGACCGAGUCCGAUGGAGAAGAGAAAGCCGAGAAUGCGAAAGCAGCAGAUUUGAAAGAGGAGAAGAGUGACGACACGACCCCAGCCGAGUCUGAGUCGGCAGUCGAAGGUCCGAGCACUGAGCCAGCUGGUAAAGGAGAAAGCUCCCAGUCAACCCCAAAGCAGCAGCAGCAACAACAGGGGAGACAGACUCCGCCUUCCGCUUCUAAACUGAGGAAGAGACGGGGCUUUUUUGAAAGCCGUGCCAUCUCCAGGGUGACCUUCGCCUGCUCCGUCUGCAAGUUCCGCUCGUUCUACAGCGAGGAUCUGACCGCUCAUCUGGAGAGCAAAUUCCACAAGGAUCACUUCAGGUUCCUCUCCAGCCAGCUCUCCAAACCCACCACAGAGUUUCUGCAGGAAUACAUCAACGAUAAACAUAAGAAGACGGAUCAGAGAAUUGGUCAGCUGGAGAACCACAGCGCCACCAUCUGCCAGGUGUUGAGGGAGCAGGAUCUGACCAGAGACAUUGGUAUGGAGCACUUCAUGAAGAAGGUGGAGGCAGCGUACUGCUCCGCGUGUGAUCUCUACAUCCCCAUGCAGUUCCUACUCAUCCAGAAACAUCUCAAAUCUCCUGAGCACAACUACAACCGCAAGGGGAUGAUGGAGCAGUCGAAGAGGUCGAGUCUGUCCGUAGCCAGGAGCAUCCUCAACCACAAGGUCAUCGGCAAGAAGCUGGAGAGCUACCUGAAGGGUGAAAACCCCUUCACCGACGCCCCAGACGACCAGGACCCCGAGGACUCCAUGAUGGAGGUGUCCGAGGGCGAUCCAGAGCUCAAACAGGAAGUUAAACAGGAAGCUAACCAGGAUGAGGCGGAGCUCGAAGACGUCGUCGGCGAACCUGAUGCGAUAGGAAACGGAGACGGUCCUGAGGAGGAAACCAAAAUGGAGGAGGAAGAAGGGGAAAAGGAAAAUGAAGCUGAGGGAGGAGGAGAGGAAGAAGAGGAGGAAGAGGAUGUUGGAGUGGAAGUGAAGGAAGAAGAAGAAGAGGAGGAAGAAGAGGAACCCAAAGGAACCAAGGAGCCCGAUACAGCUGCCGAUGCAGAGGAUGUCCAGGAGGGGGCAGAAGACGACGGUGGAAUACCCGUGAUCGACGAUUAGCCCCGCGAUGUGCUGCUGAUGCUUCGGCACUUAUCCAGGAUCAGACUGACUCUAAGAAUAUCUGUCCUUACUAUAUAUAUUUCCAGGUACACUGAUCCCAGAUCAGAGAGAAUGGGUUUUAAAUGUCAAGUUGUGUAAGUAGAUGAUUCCACAUCCACUGAUCCUGGAACAGCUUUGUUAAUAAUUAAGGAAAUUAAAAUCUGCACCAAUCCAUGGUAGCUGCCGCACGCUGGACCAACGAAAUCACAGCGCUCUGUUCUCUUUUAGCCAAUCAGAUGUGAGCGAUGUAUGUAUACGUUUAUGAUGUCUGUAAGUUUACACUUGUUUAAAAAAAAAUAAAUAACACACACACACACACUCGGCAUGUUGUGCGACUAACAGGACUGCUUCGCUUCACACAGCAGUUUCACGAUUCUGAUUAAAUGGUUGUGAAGAGAUUUAAGAUGUCACCUUUCUUUAGUUCUUUUAUCUUUUUAUUUCAUUCGUGUACAUGUGAUGCUGAAGAACUUCUGAUAUCCUGCAUUUUGCCUUCAGCUGAUAAGUGUUUAAAAAUAAAACGUUUUGGGACUUGAA